UAGACACAGCAAUUCUAAUCAUUUUUGGACAUCCGGAAAUAUUAUUUUGUUUUUACAGAUUUUUUUUUAAUAACAUUACAGAUAGGACUGAAACUAGAAAGCACCUGUAAUUAAUACGCCAGUGCGACACAGUUAUUUUGAUAGUAUGAAUUGACACACAGUUGAAAAUGGCAGGAAACUUCUGGCAAAGUUCUCAUUUCCAACAAUGGGUGUUAGAUCCACCAGAACUGUUUAAGAAUAGGCAAGCUGAUUUGAAUGUUUUAACUGAGGAUGGGUACCAGAAGAUCAUGAUAUUUUUUGCAAACUUCAUUCAGUCUCUUGGGGAACAGUUAAAAUUGAGGCAACAGGUUAUUGCUACAGCAACCAUAUACUUCAAAAGAUUUUAUUCUAGAAACUCACUUAAGUGUAUUGAUCCAUGGCUUAUGGCACCAACAUGUGUAUUCUUAGCUUCUAAAGUAGAGGAAUUUGGUGUUAUAUCAAACACAAGGUUAAUCAGUACUUGUCAGGCAGUAGUAAAGAACAAAUUCUCUCAUGCACACCCAUUGGAAUAUCCCUACAGAAUAAACUUAGUCCUGGAAUGUGAAUUUUAUUUACUUGAGAUGAUGGAUUGUUGUUUAGUAUUAUACCAUCCCUACAGACCUUUAACAGAGUACUUUAAAGAACUGCAACAAGAUGAAUCUCUCUUUCCAUUGGCUUGGAGAAUAGUAAAUGACAGUCUAAGAACAGAUGUAUGUUUAACAUAUCCUCCAUAUUUGAUAUCUUUAGCAUGUUUACAUAUAGCCUGUGUUAUACAACAGAAGGACCUGCGACAGUGGUUAGCUGAAUGUAAUGUAGAUAUGGAUAAGAUUCUUGAAAUUUCAAGACAGAUUUUGGCUUUGUAUGAGUUAUGGAAAAGUUAUGAUGAGAAAAAAGAAAUUGCAGCGAUUUUAGAAAAAAUGCCCAAGCCAAAUACCAGUCCAACACCAACUUCUGCUCAAGAUGGAAGUCAACAAUCACAAGCUGUACAGUGAUUCGAGGAUUGAUUCUAAUUUAUUCCUGAACUGUAACACAAAAAAGAACAUUUAUUGAAAUCCUAUCCCAAUUAUGACAACCAUUGGACUUGUGCAUAUUAUCAAAAUCUGUAAUCUACUUUAAGAAGCUAGGUUUAUUUUAGGGCCUUUUCAAUUGUUCCAGUUUAUUGCUAUGAUAAAUAAAAAUUUGUUGUACUGUUCAUCAAUGUGUUGUGAAGUAGUGUUAAUUAAAAUAAAACUGGGACCCAACAAUUGAAAAUUUUGAUAUACUGAAAUGAACUACUUUCUUUACAACAGAUACAAGAAAAAAAUCAAUGGAAAAAAAUUGUUUUCCAUUGUAUGUAGCAAAAUAAAAAAAUGUAUUUAUAUGGGAAUGCAAAUUUCUCAGUAAUAAAAUAUUUUGAAUAAG